AUGAAUGUUGGAGUCAUUCUCCUAUAUGACAACUCAAUAUCACCAAACAAUCCAAAACAAACAACAACCCAUUUUCAAGAAUCACUAUCCAAGAUUCUACCCCAAUUCUACCCACUUGCCGGAAGAUACAUCAAGAAGGAUCACUCGGUCGACUGCAAUGAUUCGGGUGCGGAAUUUGUAGAAGCACAAGUUGUUGACGAUGAUGUGACGCUAAGUGAUGUCAUUCUUACAUCCAAAAGAGAAGUGAAGCUUCUAAAUGAUUAUUUCCUCCCACCUAAAUUUCACCAAGUGGACGAAUCUCCCACCGACCCACUCCUCUCGAUUCGGAUCACAAGGUUCAAGUGCGGUGGGCUCGUUGUCAGCGUCAGCGUUUCUCAUAGAAUUUUCGGCGCGUCUUCCGUUGGGACAUUCCUCGCCAUUUGGUCGAACGCCAACAAAAAUCCAGGGAUGGUGAGGAGCAUCAAAAUCCGACCGAGUUUCGACACGCCGCCCGAGUUUUUUCCGGGCAACUACAUUAGUCGAGGCAAUUCUAUAAAAAUGUGUUGGGAUCCCAACAUCGUCGUCAAAAGGUUUUCGUUUCACAAGGAAGCUAUAACGAGCCUGAGAUCGAAAUUGAGGUUGCCAGAAAACUCGAGAGUGCGCGUGGUGUCCGCGGUCAUAGCGGAUGCCAUGAUCGGAGUGGAUCGGGCGAAGCAAAGCGGGAAAUCGAGAGCUUGCCUCAUCGCUCAGGCGGUCAACAUGCGUAGGAGAACAUUUGCGCCUCUUCCCAAACAUUCUUGUCGGAAUUGGUUGAUUUUGUCGCCCACACGGUGCAUGAUUCCAAACACCGUUGUUGGGAAUAAUAAUAAUAUUCAAGAAUUGGUUGAUAUUCUAGGCGACGGUCUUGAAAAACCGUCGUUGAUUGUGCUGAAGUAUUUUCUCCGACGGGUCGGGAUGUGA